GGGAAAGCUUCGACGACUAUUCACGAGCACCCACAGUUCAUUCCGGUCGUGUUAGUUGUGUGGACGACAUCAUCAUACUAUCAUCAUUCGCGUAUUAAAAGGAUCUCAUUUUUUUUUUCAAAAUCACAUAAACCAACGAACGAACGAACGAAACAAACAAAUCUGAUAUCGAAUACGACGAGAAAGAAGACUACGAAGACGAAAACGAAGACGAUACUCGUCGUGGUGGUUGUGUUGCUGCUGCUGCUGCUGGUGGUGGUGGUGGUGGUGGUUUUGGUGGUGGUGGUAGUCGUGGUGGUUCCCGGAUAUCGGUCGAGGAAAUUUCUUCGUUCGGUGCCGGUCGUUGAUCUUCUUCCCCUCUUCCACCACCUCAUUUUCUCUUUAAGAUUAACGAUAAGAAAACACGAGUGGAACAACGGGAAACGAUUUAAAUAUUGGUUACAAUCGAAUAACAAGGAAGAAAAUAAAUCAACGAUGACGGAUAAUAAUGAUAACGAUAAUGAUAAUAAUAAUAAUAAUAAUAAUCAUAAAAUAAUGGACAAAAAUAAUGGUAGAACAAUCGGUGGGUCAUCUCGACGAAUUUCAAUCGUCGAAAUGGAUGAACCAUACUCGUUCAAAUUAUCAAUUAGUUUGUCGUGCCUAAUCGGUGUUAAAGAGACAAGUGAUACGAUAUUAUAUUUUCCUCUUACGAACUGAGUGAACAAUUAAAGAACAAACAGAAAAUAACUGAAAAAUAUAUACUCAAUGAAAUAAUGUGAAUAAGAGUUGGUGAAUAAUAUGGCUUAAAAAAAUUAGUAUAUUAUAUAUAUAUAUAUUUUCAUCAUUUCCCAUGGAUCAAUGUGAUCGUUCGAUCAUUGGGAAGGAUGUAGAAUUCAAAGAGAAACAAAGAAAAGGAUCAUUCGCGAACAAUAAAAAUCUUAUUGGUUAUAUCGACAAGGAUAAAAAAAAAAAGAAAUAAGAUAAUGGAAUUGAACGGUACGAUGGAAGAAGAAGAAGAAAAUACCGUCAAUAUAACCGAUUUACCGGGUCAAUUGUCAAACAUUUUAAUUGACACCGGUCAAUUAAACGAAAAUGAAACUUACGACGUACUUGGUGAAAAUACUAACGACCUCGAGCACGUGUUAAUAUUGACGGCUAAAGCAACAGUUAUGGGUUUUAUCAUUAUUUGUGCAUUAUUUGGUAAUCUUCUCGUAAUAGUAUCGGUAAUGAGGCACCGUAAAUUACGCGUUAUUACGAAUUAUUUCGUAGUAUCGUUGGCUUUGGCAGACAUGCUCGUGGCAAUAUUUGCCAUGACAUUUAACGCCUCCGUAGAAUUGUCUGGCAAAUGGUUGUUCGGUUAUUUCAUGUGCGACGUAUGGAAUUCACUCGACGUAUUCUUCAGUACCGUUUCGAUACUUCAUCUUUGUUGCAUCAGCGUGGAUCGUUAUUAUGCAAUAGUACAACCACUGGAUUAUCCACUGAUCAUGACAAAUCUACGACUUGGUGCAAUGCUAAGCGUAGUUUGGUGUUCGCCAACAGUCAUGAGUUUUCUUCCUAUAUUUGCUGGCUGGUAUACUACCAAGGAACAUCUCGAAUACAGACAAAAUUAUCCCGACGUGUGCGUGUUUCAAGUGAACAAAUUGUACGCGGUUAUAAGCUCUAGCGUAAGCUUUUGGGUACCUGGCAUUAUAAUGAUCGCGAUGUAUUACAAGAUUUAUCGUGAAGCUGAUCGUCAAGAACGUAUGUUAUAUAGAAGCAAAGUCGCGGCAGCACUUUUAAAUAAACACAUGCGAUUCAAUGGUAUUUCUGCUGGUAUUACAUCAUUACCCACGGUAGAUCAAUCGUCGUACGUCAUUACAUCUCUCUGCGAUGCCUGUGAAUGCGGUGACAUUGUAGUUGCAGUAGUUUUUUGGGUAGGCUACUUCAACAGCGCAUUGAAUCCAUUGAUUUAUGCAUACUUCAAUCGUGAUUUUCGUGCGGCGUUCAGAAAAACAUUGGAGAGUUGUUGUGCAGCAAUAGGACCGGUACGAGAUCUCGGACAAAUUCACAAGAAACAAGAUUUGGUGCACAGUAAUGCGUCGUCGGAGCUUCACGUAAACAAUCAGUUGAGGACCAGCGAGAUGACUAACGUGCAUAUCGAAGCAUGCAUUUAAAAAAAAUUGAUCCUUUUUGAAAUAAUACGAAUAAGAAAUAAUAA